AUGGGGAAUGUUUUCGCGAAUCUGUUCAAAAAUUUGUUUGGCAAAAAGGAGAUGAGAAUACUUAUGGUAGGAUUAGAUGCAGCUGGUAAAACAACAAUUUUAUACAAAUUGAAAUUAGGUGAAAUUGUUACCACCAUACCGACUAUUGGUUUCAACGUGGAAACUGUCGAGUACAAAAACAUCAGUUUCACAGUGUGGGAUGUUGGUGGACAGGAUAAAAUCCGACCACUUUGGAGGCAUUAUUUCCAAAACACACAGGGUUUGAUUUUCGUAGUAGACAGUAAUGAUAAGGAACGUAUUUUCGAAGCUAAAGAAGAGUUAAUGAGAAUGCUUGGUGAAGACGAGCUUAGAGACGCCGUAUUAUUGAUAUUCGCUAAUAAACAAGAUUUGCCUAAUGCCAUGAAUGCAUCUGAAAUUACUGAUAAACUAAGCUUACACACGCUACGUAAUCGUAACUGGUAUAUUCAAGCAACGUGCGCAACUAGUGGUGAUGGUUUAUAUGAAGGUCUUGACUGGCUGUCAAAUCAAUUGAAAAAUGCCAACCGUUAA